UUCGCCUGCAGCUGGGGCGCCGAAGGAGCUCGGGCCGGCGGCAGGCGAACUGUGCGUGAACGCGCCUGCGGGGGACUUGGCCAUCGGUGCCCCGGAACCCGGGGAGGAAGAACCUGCAGCGCCCCAUCCUCACCCCCUCCACCACCAUUUCGGGGACCCCUCAGGGAGUGGUUUUGGGGUUCCCACUGACUUCUAAGAAGGACGCGUGCCCUUCUCCGACCCCAGCUCGGGCGGCCACCUGUCUUUGCCGCGGUGACCUUUCUCCCAUGACCCUGCGGUGCCUCGAGCCCUCCGGGAAUGGCGCGGAAGGGGCGCAGAGCCAGUGGGGGACCGCGGGGUCGGCGGAGGAGCCGUCCCCAGAGGCGGCGCGGCUGGCGAAGGCCCUGCGGGAACUCAGUCACACAGGUUGGUACUGGGGAAGUAUGACUGUUAAUGAAGCCAAAGAGAAAUUAAAAGAGGCACCAGAAGGAACUUUCUUGAUUAGAGAUAGUUCGCAUUCAGACUACCUAUUAACAAUAUCUGUUAAGACAUCAGCUGGACCAACUAAUCUUCGCAUCGAAUACCAAGAUGGGAAAUUUAGAUUGGACUCUAUCAUAUGUGUCAAGUCCAAGCUUAAACAGUUUGACAGUGUGGUUCAUCUGAUCGACUACUAUGUUCAGAUGUGCAAGGAUAAGCGGACAGGCCCAGAAGCCCCCCGGAAUGGCACUGUUCACCUUUAUCUGACCAAGCCACUCUACACGUCAGCACCACCUCUGCAGCAUCUCUGUAGACUGACCAUUAACAAGUGUACCAGCAGCAUCUGGGGACUGCCUUUACCAACAAGACUAAAAGAUUAUUUGGAAGAAUAUAAAUUCCAGGUAUAAGUGUUUCUUUGUUUUCUAAACAUGCCUC